AUGCUUGGGCUGUCGCACCGAGGUCCGCAGCCCGCGAAAAUGCUAGCGAUUGCCCUUACGGCCCUGUUAAGUAGCCCCCUCGGUGUCCAGGGCCUAAGAACUACAUCGGGCUCUCCCUACUCGCAAUACGACCAGACCAAAGGUCGCGAUUUCGAAGACUGCAUCAAGUGCGAGUUGGAAAGCACCUAUGUCGAUCGCCUAUCGGGUGAAUCCGAUGUCAACUGGGGUCUCUAUAACCUCCGCUUCGCUUUCACAACGUGUGUCUUCGGGUAUCCCGCAGUGGUCACAAAUCAGACCUCGCAAUGCCCAGUCGCAUGCGCGGGGAUCGAGCCCGCCGUGGAAAUCAACCUGUUAGAUCCUACCGCAGACAAUUUCCAAGACUGGUGCAAGAGUACCGCCUUUGCCGAUAACAUCAUCAACACCUGCGAAUUCUGCUAUAACCUGACCUCCGAAGCCGUGAAUCCCGGUACAACUGGCGGGCAGGUAUACCUCGCAAAUUUCCUCGAAUCCAUCCGCUACAACUGCCACUACAGCGCAACAAUCGGCUCCCCAUUCGACAUCUCCCCUUCUCGAAUCUUCACCGAAGUCCUCCUGCCUUCCUCCAUGUCCCUCUCCACAGCCACCGCCUCCUCAGGUGGUGUUAAUCUGGGCUUGGUGAUCGCCCUUCCAGUUCUAGGCUUCAUCAUCAUCCUCAUCGUCCUAGCCACAUGCUGCUUCUUUUUCAUCCGGUACCGUCGCAAGCGCGUCCGCCGAAACCGAUACCAGAGCCAUCUUUAUGAGCGAUGGAACAAUCCCGCCAGCGGCUCACCGCAUAACCAAGGUGGUUGGGGCUGGGCAGGUCAGCCCGCGUACUCGGAUCAUGACCAGGCGGCUGGAGCAGCGGCGUAUGGGCAUGGGCUGGGCUUCGGUUUUGUUGAUAACGAUGGACAUGCGCGUGAGGUUGGGUAUGGGUAUGACCACUCACAAGCCAAGACUGGCUUCCAGCAUGGAAUCAGUGAGGCGCCGUUGCCUGAGACGUGGCAGCCCGAGAUCAAUGUAUAUGGAGAGGCCCGACAUGGGUAUCCGCCUGAUCAAAAGCAUGCACUGUAA